CUUACUGACAGAUGCGAAAACACUGCCCGAUGAGCGGAUCUUGAGGUCUAAAUAUAUAUUUAUUUAUUUGAAAAAGAAAAAUGGAAAAGGGGAGCGUAAAUGGAGAGGUCGAAGACAUAGAAAAGGUUAUUCCUAGUAGUAAUUUUGGGAAGAAUUAUGCAGGCGGGAAUACGUGCAAUAAAAACGAGGUAAUUUUGGGCGUUCUGGGCGCCGUCUUCAUCUUUCUGACCAUACUGAUGAUUGUGCUCUUGGGUGUUCGAGCGUCCCAGAGCCCGCCCCCGGAGCAGUGCGUUACCAAAGGAUGCCUAAGGGAGGCGUCCAACAUGAUACGGCUGAUGAACGCGAGCGUGGACCCAUGCACCGACUUCCACACCUUCGCCUGCGGUAACUACCCGAAGUUCAUGCAAAUCGGGUCCAGUUCUACCGAAAGAACUGUCAUUCAGGACGCGUAUUUAUUCAACCAGAGGAAAAUCAUGCGCAUUUUGUUCAGUCCCAUACAGCGGAAUGUUGACUGGUCCUACGAGAGAAAAGUUAAGGAUUUUUACAAGUCUUGCACCUCUCAGUACAACACGGAGAGACUCAAAGGGAUGCCGCUUAUUAACAUGAUCAACAACAACGACAACGGCAGGCAGCUGGGACCCUGGUACGUCUUCGAUAACUCUAUGCAAAACUGGAACUUUCAGUCGGCACUGGAGAAAAUUCACGUGGACUUUUGGGCGAAUGCGUUGUUUUCGAUCAAAGUGGAGUCGGACAUAAUGGACACGUCAAGGACUAAAAAGGGAGUUAUCGAGAUUGAUCAGAAUGGAAUGGGUUUAAUGAAUAACGGGAGACCUGGGAUAUACUUUUGGACAGGUACAUGGGCCCAGAUGGUCCAGGCUGCAUACAGAGACUACAUGCGACAGACGGCCAGAUUACUGGUACGAGACAAUGGAAUGGACCCCAAUGACGCCAAUGUGAACAGGAGUAUCGAACAGUUCGUUGCCGAUGUCUACCAGUUUGAGAUGCAGUUGGCAAACGUGUCCAGGAGAACGGGAGCUAACAAAAAUCCAUAUCACAUGGAUAAUAGAAAGACAAUAUCCAACCUGAAUAAGAUAGCGGGCCAGAUCGACUGGUUGAGAUUAUUUCAGUACAUGUUUGGUACGACAGUUACUAGUGAUACCAACGUUGUCCUUCUGGAGUUGAAUUAUUUACGCCGAAUGAGCACUAUGCUAGCCAACAUGGACCCUAAUUCUAGAGACAGGGUGUUGAACAACUACCUUCACUGGCAACUUAUGCGGACAUACACCGAGGAUCUAUCAUCUGAGUAUAUUCACGCCACUAGGACAUUUAGAAAGGCCAGAUCGGGGCAGAGGACCAAUUACCCCAUAUCUAUGCUCUGUUUUGGCUACAUGACAGAAAAAAUGGGGGACGCUCUUGGUGCCCUGUUUGUUCAGGAUCAUUUCACGGACAACAAGAAGGAUAGGGUGGAAGCCAUCGUCUCCAACUUGAAGCAGACGAUAGUGAGUCGACUACAAGAGGUGACAUGGAUGGACGAACCCACCAAGAAAUUUGCCAGAGAAAAGAUGGCUGCCAUUGUAGAUAAAAUAGCCUACGACCCGAGCGCGGUGGACCACUUUUUCAUGGACCGUAAGUACGACGCGCUGAAAGUGAACGUGUCCGACUUCAUCGGCAACAUUCUGAGCGUGAACGCCUUCGAGAAAGCUACCUGGACCAAGUACCUGACCCAAGGCCGACAAAAGACGGAGAGCGACGACAUUACCCUAUACCAGGCUGUAGUGAGGUUUUUCAACCCGUGGAAUGAGAUCAUUGUCCCCGCGGGAAUGUUCCAGUUCCCUGUGUAUACGUACCCAAUGCCUAUGCACAGCAAAUAUGGCGGCUUGGGGUCUCUUAUCGCACAAAACCUGCUACAUGCCGUUGACGAGUAUGGCCUAUCCACCGGGAAAGACGGCAGCCUACAGGAGUGGUGGAGCAAUGCGACUUAUGGGAACUACUUGCAGAAAAAACAGUGUAUUAUCGACUACUACACGGGGAAAACUGUCAGCUUUAUUUUGCCAGGCGACAACAGCGUGAAGUCAGUUCCCGUGAACGGAGAAACCUUGGCUGUACGGAGCAUGGCGUCUAGUGGCGGCGUGAGAACGGCCUACUACGCGUACAAGAAUUGGGUUGGAGAUAACUCCGCAGAGAAGCAAGUGCCUGGUCUCGGCAGAAGCAAUGACCAAGCCUUUUUUAUCGCCUUUGCUCAGCUGCAGUGUUUCAACAGAAGGCCUACCGCUGGAUAUGCCAAUGCGAUAAAUGGGUUUUAUCCGGAGGACUUUAGGGUAAACAAUUAUCUGGCGCAUGUACCAGAGUUUACUCAGGCCUUCAACUGUCCAGCUAAAUCCGCCAUGAACCCAGAAAAGAAGUGUGUUUCGUUUUAAUAAUGAAACCCGUGUUAUUUUUGUCCGCAUAAAAUACAAAAUAAUUCUGUAAAAAGAUGAUAAAAUGAACAUAGGUUGUUUUUACACGGUUUGUAACAUGCAGCAUACAUAUUUUGGUAGAUUUUUAAGAGGGGUUGAAGAAUUAUAGAAAUGCUAGCCGAUAAUGCAGGGUAAUGUCGCACGUAUAUUGUUAUAACCACAUUAAGGUCAGGAUAACUUAUUGAAAAUGGUAAGGCGAAAUUUUGUUGCGUGUAAUGUUUGAGAUUGCGCCAAAGCCAUACAACUAUAGGUAACGUGUAUAAUCAUGUUCCUGGGACGUGAUAAAGUCAAAUUUGAACAAAAAAUUGUGGCAGCUCACCAAAUUGUUUCUUGUGUUCACAGGAAUAACUAUUGUAAGAUUUCUGAUUUCUAUUUGACUUCAUAGGCGAUGUAUAUUUUAUAUGAACGUUUUUUCAGCUUUUUUUUUAUUAAUAUGUGAUGGUUUUAAAAAUGAACAUACAAAAAUUAUAUCCAAAAUAGACAAGGCAAUAUUUUUUGAGUGUUUGAAUAAAUAUUAGAGUUUUUAGAAUGGUCUUCUUACUACAGUCCUGUUGUAACGCUGUAUCCUUCAUAAUGUGUUAAAAAUUACAAAUUAAAAAAGUUUCUUUGAAUUUUCAAACAAUAAGCGAUUCCAGUUUACUAUCUAUUCAAAGAAAUCAAAGUGCGUGGAAACAUAAAAGAUUCUUGUGGUACUUAGUGAUUUAAAAACAUUUUAGAAGUGCUAGCAAGUGAGUCGUUGUUCCACAGAAAGAGUUGCAUGUUUUAUAUUUAAAGUAAUCCCGUUGGUACAACAGAUGCCAAAAACAGAAUCAUAUAUCGGUCCGUACUACCUUGGCAACAUUUUCAGAGCUCUUAAAUCCGAGAUGAUAUUCUAUAAAGUGGCCUGUUCG